UAUCCUUGUGACAGUAUGCGGCAAAGUUAUUCUCACGACGACCUGAGGUACUCGGAGAGUCUCUACCAAGACAAGCACUGCAGUAGCAAGUAUGAAGGCCUGGGUCGUGCAGACAUCUAUGGCUACAUGGAUCGCUACAGAAGAGACGGGCCUCCUCCGUACCAGAGACGAGGUUCCCUACAACUGUGGCAGUUCCUGGUGGCGCUACUAGAUGAUCCUUCCAAUACUCCCUUCAUUGCUUGGACAGGACGGGGCCUAGAGUUUAAACUUAUUGAACCAGAGGAGGUUGCCAGGAGAUGGGGAAUUCAAAAGAACCGCCCUGCCAUGAACUAUGACAAAUUGAGCCGGUCUCUCAGAUAUUACUAUGAAAAAGGUAUAAUGCAGAAGGUGGCUGGAGAACGAUAUGUAUAUAAAUUUGUUUGUGACCCUGAUGCACUUUUUACGAUGGCAUUCCCAGACAAUGUGCGCCCUGUUCUUAAAACUGACUAUACCAAAUCAUCUGAUCAAACAAAAAAGAGUUCCCAAGGCAGCAACAUGACUGAGCAGCCUCUGGCUUUGACGUCACGGAAUCAAAUUGAAAGAGAAAGGUCAGAGAGCAAACAACUUCAUGGGGAGACUAUAUUACACAAUCAGAAUCAAGGACAGACUUUGUCACCCCCUUGUGUAAGUUCUUUGAGCUCUCAGAAUUCAGAACAGGCUCAUCCUGAAAAGAUGACAGCAGCAUCUGGUGGCAAUAUUCAAGACUACAUGCAAGAGUUGUCCAGAGUAUAUGGAACACCACAGCAAUAUAUAAAUAAUUGUGUUUACUAAUUAAGUCAAACUAACACAGAGUGUGCAGUUAUGUUGCAGGAUUGUCAAUUUUGAAGAAAAAAAAGAAAAUUACAAGUGUUUGGAAAACACAUUGGCCACUCAUGGGCCAAAAUGAGCACUAACUAAUACACUGUAAAUUGUAUAUAUGGAAACCCAAAGUAGAAAAACCAAAAUUUAGUUGGCUUUAAUUUGUUGGCACAGCAUCUGCGUAUCAACCAAGGCAACAUUGGGAGAUAUAGGGCCAAUGUUUGCAUGCUAUCUGGGUUAAUUACUGCU